AUGGCUUUCUCCAUUUCCACCACCGAUUAUCUUUCUAACCUUGCUAAUCCUCUGUUUCUCCAUCCCGGUGAGAACCCAGCUCUUGUUCUUGUCACUCCUCUCCUUUCUGACAACAACUAUCAACAAUGGCAGCAUGAUAUGCUCGUUGCUCUUGAAACCAAGAAUAAAGAAAAAUUUGUUCUUGGUAUUGUUUCUUGCCCUCCUGCUGAUGAUGUCCUUCACCAAGCCUGGAAACACUGCAACAAGAUGGUGAUUUCCUGGUUGACGCGAUCCAUGACGCUUCCCAUAAAACAAUACGUUAUGUGGAUGGAAUCUGCCUACGAAAUUUGGACUGAUCUCCUUCAACGUUUUUCUCAUGGUGAUAAGUUUCGUAUUGCUGAUCUUCAAGAAGCUCUUCACUCUUGCAAACAAGGUGAUUCCACUAUUCAACAAGAGCGUAGUGAUGAUUAUGUAAUCAAGUUUCUACGUGGGUUAAACGAUGAAUUCUCUUCUGUACGUUCUCAAAUCAUGCUAAUGGAACCCAUGCUGACUCUUACCAAAACUUUUUCUUUGAUUCUUCAACAAGAACGCGAAUUUCACAAUUCUUCCUCACAAAUUCCACAAGAUUCCAUGGCCAAUUUCAAUUCUCACGAUCCUCAGUACAAGCCUUAUAAGACCGAUCGUCCUGGUGUUUCUUCUAGUCGUGGACGCGGACGCAUUCCUAAAUAUGGUGGUCGUUCCAAAUACUGCGAUCAUUGCAAACGAACCAAUCAUACUUCUGAUAAUUGCUGGAUCAAAUAUGGUCUUCCUCAAGGUUAUAAACCCAUCAUCAAACCUAAUUUUGCCAUCUCCAAUCCUUCUGCCAACCUGACUGAUGGUGUUUCACACACCUCCAUUGAUUCUUCCGCUGAUAAAACUCAAAUUCCUUCCACAUUUUCUCAAGAUCAGUAUGACGCCAUUCUUGGUUUAUUGAAAUAG